AUGGAUCAACUCCCUUACUUCUCUAAAAUCCCUUCGCUGCAGACAACUCCUCCAAACCCUAGCCGUUUUAUUAUAAACCGUAGACGUUUUGCUGGAAUCCUUCACCGACGUGGGGUUCCAAUGAUAAGGGUUAAGCCAAUGACUCGCUCGUGUAGUUGCCAUGAUAGUUUAAAAUCAACAUCCCAGUUGUUCAAUAAGAGAAAUAAGCGAGCUGCGUCAUUAUGCAAGACCUGUGGAGGGAGUAACAUGCUUAAUACUGUUGGUCUGGAAGUUGCAAAAUCUAUAAAUCCUGAGUUGAGUUGGAAGGCCGUGACAAAGGGAAGGCGCUCUAGGAAGGCAGUUGCUAGACGGUUGAAUGAGGGUGUGAAGGUGGUAAAUCGGAGUCCCAAGAGGGUUGGAGAUUUUUCAGGCUCAGAUUCUGACAAGCAGAUUGGUGAAGCUGGCUGUUGGUCUUCUGAUAAAGUUGAUCACGUUCCAAUUAAGAAAAGAAGGCAUUUGCUUCAAACUUCAUCAGCACACUCUCAAAAUCCCUCUAUUGACCGCGAAGAUUCACUAUCACCACAAUCUCUAGCAACUCCUAUGCCUUCAGAAGACUUCUCGGGAAUUGCACUUCUAGCUGAUGCUGCUUGCAUUAAUGACAUGGAUGAUGACCUUGAUGAAGCCAAGGAGGCACAUGCUAUGAUUGCAUAUGCAGCACCAGUGGGGUCUGCUGGGUCUACUCCUCAUUCUAAGGAGAUAUUGGUUUUGAAGGAAUCGAGAGAUCCUGGUAGAGGAGAUAUGAUGCAUGCAAGCAUCACGGAGGCCUCCAUUGUUAAUGAAUCUGCGGUUGCUCCUAAAGGUUUUGCUGAAUUCAAAGAACCUUCAGUUGUAAAUAGACCAGUUUCACCAAAGGUAGACAGAAUGCAUUGGGAUCUCAACACCUUAAUGGAUACAUGGGAGCAACCUCCCAAGGAUUCUUCUAUGGAAAAUGCUUUUGCCAAGGGCUUAAAUGAUGGCGCACAAAAGGAGAAACUCAAAAUAGAAAUUUCUGAUAAAAAGAGGGAUUUUGAAGACUAUAAACAGAGCUUUGGGGAAUGUGCGCCUCCUGGUAAAAGUGGAGCAAUUUCUGAGUUUGCCAGUGUAAAAGCAGAAGUAUGUAAGCUCGAAUCAGCCUCAGUUAAUGAAAGAAUCUUUGGUGAGGAGAUGUUCUCUGGAAACCCUGUUAGCCAUUGUACCAAAGCCUUGGACUCUUUAUCUGCACAAAGAGAAACAUUAGGUGAACUUGUCACUGGAGAUGCAUUAGCUGAUUCUUCUAUUGUUAAAUCACAUAAUGCCUCAUGCAUGCUUGUCUCAAAUGGAUUAACUACCACUGCUGCUGACGGCCUAAUUUUGACAGAGAUUACAGAUUCUUCUGUAAAGGCUGCAGGAUGUAGUAAAGCUGCUUUAUCUGAAGUCCCAUUCCCAGCAAAGCCUGGCUGUGAGAGUGCCUCUAAAUGCAUUGACCGUAGUGAUCCUAUAAUGACCAGUGAAGUAUCUGAGACUAGUAUUUUGAAUGCCAUGGAUGUUGAAAGUUCUGAUAGUAAUCCUACAGAAACAGAUUUCUGCGAUCAUUCAUCUAAGUGUGAAGAUUUGUCUGCCUCAAAGGUCUCUAUAGCUGAGGGUCAGUCUGUUGCCAUUGAACCCGUUGAGCAACAUGGCAACAUUUUAGCUAUUGAUUCUCGAAUGCAGUUGGAAGGGAAUGGAGUAAUUUCUAAGUCCAGUGGCAGCAAUAAUUGUGAUCAAGUGGAAAAAUGCACGACUUCUGGGAAGGACUCUUCAAGGAGCUGUAAUGAGGGAUUGCAGAUUGACGAUCCUAGUCAAUUCACAAAGAGUGCUUCGGCUUUUGAAGAUAGCCAUAAGUCUGAUAUCUCUCAGGAAGAUAGUCAAAUGAUUAAUCGAGACCAUGUGACUAGAAUUGAGGCUGGCUAUGAUUCUCCAUUUGAGGAUGGAGAAUUAAGGGGAUCAAUUAUGUACUCUUGGGAGGACUAUGAAAUUGAGGAUGGUGAAAAUGAAUGUGUUGAUUAUGAAUUAGAUGUUAGAGAUGACAUGGAUUCUGAUGCCGGUGAUUUCCCAGCCUCUGAAGUUGUUGAAGCCGGCUCUGAGGGUUCACGAAGUAUAGAAAAGAGAAUCUCGUCAACCAGCGGAUAUCCAGAAGUAGAUUUUGUGAAGGGCAGAUCUCCAAGAAACUUUAUGAGGAGGCAAUUCAAUAGGGCUGACAAUAGUGGUGGAAAGAAUGGGUUGGGUACAGGAUCUAGAUCUACGACUCAAAGGUUCAGUGAUAAGAUUGGAGGGAAAGAGAAUGAUUUUAGAAAAGGACAUACAUCUGAUUGCAUGGCAAGAUAUGAAUUCAGAGGGUCAUACAUUGAAGAAAUUGGUUCAAAGACAAAUAGAGGGAAGCUGCAGUCACAUAUUGAAGGACCGCACCGAAACAGGCCGCAUAACCUUACUGGUUCUUACCAGAGGCCUGUAAGAGGAGUUACUCCAGAUAAAUUUGUUGGUAGAUAUCGAUCUGGUUAUAAUUCACGAGAUAGGGGUGCAACGGAUGGCCAGUGGAAUAGCUGGAAUUCAAGAAACCGCCACCCAUCUACUUAUCAUUGCUCUGAGAGUCAUAACUACUCAAGGCGCCACAAUUUUACAGGUUCUGCUGACAAGUUUGGUGGGUUAAACUCUCGAGUUCAUCAGCAAUCUAUAAAAUUUUCCUCAGAAGGUGUGCGCAGGCCACUUGUGAGGAGGAGAUCAUCUGUUGAGAGGGAUGACUAUUAUGAUGUCCAUAAUAGGAUGGUACCAGCGAGAGGAGGCUAUCAGAGCCGCAAUGGUGGUAGAAGUUUCUCACAGAGGGUUGUAAGAGGAAUCAGGGAUGAAGGGUAUGAGCCUAUACCUGGUGAUGGUGAUUUAUCUUCUGUAGGCGUGCCUCAGUAUUUACACAGGGGAGAAAGAACCAGUACUCCCACUUCAGGUAGAGCUACUCAUAUUUCACGGCCCAGGAGGAGAUCUCAUUCAAGAUCCAGAACGCCUUCACCCCAUCCGUGGCAUACACGGAGAGAGCGAAACUUUAGCACCAGAAGGCGUAGUAGAUCUCCAGAUUUAAGGUCUCAUGCUAGAACGGAGCGAAGUUUUGGUGAAGAUUUCUCAUCUCCACAACAAGGCCACUGCCCCCCUGAACGGAGUUCUAGUAGAUGGAUAGAUGUGCGAAGUUUUGGAGGUGAACAAUCAAAGAACAAGUGGUCUCGUAAAGAUAAUUAGGCAGUGUCAAAGAUUUGAUCCCAGUUUGCACCGUUUUAGUGUCUAGAUAUUUUUGUUAGGUCUAGUUUUUUGAUAUUAACGCUGGGGUGCUUUAGUUUUGAUAAUUUUUUUUCAUUUUUAGUAAGUUUUACUUGUAAAAAGUGAAAAUUACAAAGUGGACUCGCGUUUUAUGAUACAAGUUAUGUUUUCAUUUUCAAUGAAAAGAAAAUUUAUAAAAUAAAAGAAUAGUUGUUCUUAUUUCA